ACCUCUACUGCUGCUGUGGCUGCUGAUGGUGGGCAUGGGGGGGCAAAUGUGUUUCCUGGGAGCACUCACCGGGUACCAAGUCGGAGCCGUCAACCGGCCGGGUCCGAGAACGGAGGGGCUCCGUCGGAUGCAGCAGAAGAUCAGGGAGGCUCUGAAUCGGGCGUGCCUGGUGCGAGAGCUUCAGCUGCUGUUCCUGCACGUCAUGGGUGAAGCCAGAGCCGUUUCACUCGGGCCGGGAAUGGUAACCCCCCCUCCCCUUGCGGAACACGCCCCCGUUCUCGCCGAGGCGUACUGCUGCAACGAUAAGGACAAGGAAGCCCUCGAGAGCUCUCUGUGUCCCCUGGCACGAGCCAACGUCGACCUCGGGAUGAUGGAGGGCGCCUGCAAGGGUUCCUCUCGAGUCAUCCUCCAAAGGUCAGUCGCUCAGCCAGCAUUCGCUUUGUCUGUGACGGUUACACAUGACGAUUGGGAGCUAGAAUAUCUUCUUUGCCUUGAGACGGUUAGGUGUUAA